UAAGGCGGACUUCAGGCACCCUCUUACGUGUCCAACUCGCUGCAUCGACGCUGAAGCAACAGGAACAGAGGAGCUGGCCAAAAAAAGAAGGACAGGUUGCUUUGCCUUCUAAUUUCUUCUUCUGCAACAUAGAACAAUGUCGAUGAGCCCUAAGCAUACGACUCCUUUUUCUGUAUCCGAUAUCUUGAGUCCUCUUGAGGAGAGCUACAAAAAAGUAAGUAUGGAGGGUAACAACUUGGGGGCUCCUCUUGCCUCGUACAGACAGCCGCAAGUCACGCAGGCGGCGAUGCAGCAGCACCACAUGGGCCACAAUGGAACGGUACCCGCUGCCUACCACAUGACAGCUGCUGGAGUUUCCCAGCUGCCACACACGGCGAUGGGAGGCUAUUGCAACGGAAAUUUGGGCAACAUGAGCGACCUGCCGGCUUAUCAGGACGGAAUGCGGGGCGCUACGACAGCCACCAGCUGGUACGGAGCAAAUCCCGACCCACGCUUUUCUACGAUUUCUCGUUUCAUGGGUUCCUCUUCCGGAAUGAACAUGGGGGGCAUGAGCAGCCUCGGUACCUUAGCGGAUGUUGGUAAAGGCAUGGGCUCCCUGAGCAGCACCCCGAGGAGAAAGAGGCGAGUGCUGUUCUCCCAAGCGCAGGUCUACGAACUCGAACGGCGCUUCAAGCAGCAGAAAUACCUCUCCGCGCCGGAAAGAGAACACCUGGCGAGUAUGAUUCACUUGACUCCGACCCAGGUCAAAAUUUGGUUUCAGAAUCAUCGCUACAAAAUGAAAAGACAGGCCAAAGACAAAGUGUCCCAGCAGCAAAUGCAACAAGAAAGCGGCUCUUGUCAGCAGCAACAGCAGUCGCCACGGCGGGUGGCCGUACCGGUUUUAGUGAAGGACGGAAAGCCGUGUCAAGGCAGCGGCCAUACCCCCACGAGCGCUGUGCAAAGCCACCUUCCUCAAGGAGGCAACGCCAUGAUCAUGUCCAAUAACAGUUCAAUGGGUCAGCAUCAAAGUCAACAGGUAGGCAGUGCGGGCCAGUCCCCAGAUCUCGGUCAGCACGGUGCGAGUCCUCCUUCUCUUCAAACGCAGGUGUCCGGUCUAUCACACCUGAACUCUUCUGGUACCGAGUACGGGACGGCCUUGCCCUGCUCUGCUCUGCUUUACGGCAGGACGUGGUGACAGUAAGAACUCGACAGGCGGACAGACAGCAUCUGUAGGCCGUUCAAUCUCGACGUAUGUUUUUUGAGCCAGUCAACAAAGAUAACUGAGAUGCACUGUAACUGUUUGAACAUCGGCUUGUCGUUACUUCUGCCCCGUCUGUCCCCUGAAUGUCUUCUCUCCAGACUGGAGGGAGAGGCAAAAAGACUGCGAGCAAGACGACCAUUGCAGACUGAGAGAGAUAUCCUUUCCAGUCUUUUAUCAUGAGGACGCGCGUCCAAAGAUCACUAAGAAGAUGGAAUUAUUUAUGUAACUUUUAAGUGGAGACGAUAAAAUUACAUAUACUGCAGUUCCGACGGAUUAAAAAAAGCUUCGUUUGACACUUUAAGACGCCGCCUCACAGUCUGACUGCUACAUGCCUGAUUCUUAUAGAUUGCAAUGUAAGCCGUAGCUUGUACAUUUCUGUAAAAGGUUUGGAUUGAAUACAUAGUUUUUAGCGAUAUGUAUAUUGUAUAAAAUUUUUAUUGAUAUUGAGGGUUACAUGUUAUUUGAGUUCCACUGGUA